CUGGCGAGGAUGACUGACUGGUGACAAAGAAAACGGGGAGCCCCUCUGGCUUCGGUCGCUAGAACUUGACGGAAGCGUUUAGGGGGACCGGCUUGCUCUGACUUGGACAGCCAAAGGUUUUUUAUCAUCACUAUUUUUUGGAGGGGAACCAUGCCUGUCCGGAGGGGUCAUGUUGCGCCACAAAACACAUUUUUGGGAAUUAUUAUCCGGAAAUUCGAAGGACAAAAUAAGAAAUUCAUCAUAGCCAAUGCCCGGGUGCAGAACUGCGCCAUCAUCUACUGUAAUGACGGCUUCUGCGAGAUGACAGGCUUCUCCCGGCCGGACGUCAUGCAGAAGCCGUGCACGUGCGACUUCCUGUACGGCCAGUUCACCAGCCGGCACUCGGUGGCCCAGAUGGCCCAGGCGCUGCUUGGCUCGGAGGAGCGCAAGGUGGAGAUCACCUACCACCGCAAGGAUGGUUCAAACUUCCUGUGCGCCACCCACGUCAUCCCUGUGAAGAACGAGGAAGGUGUGGUCAUGAUGUUCAUCCUCAACUUUGAUUACGUCCUGGACGAAGGCAGCAGCGACUCACUGGAGAGACUCAACCACACCUCGCCAUCAAAAGCUGUCCAACGCAAAGGGAGAUUCUUUCGCUUCCGUUUCCCGGCCUUACCUCUCCUGGGCAUCAACAAGCAGUCCCUUCCCCAAGAAGACCCUGACGCCGUCAUGGUGGACUCACCUCGCCACAGCGACGGAUCGGUGGCUACGCGCGACUACCAGCUUCCCAACACCCGCGAGAGUUGCAGUCCCUCCUACGCCAACGACACCCGCGCCCUCAUCGCCCCCAGCCAUUGCUCCACCCCUGUGUCCGGGCCUUUGGACCACUCGUCGCCCAAGGGCCCCUGGGACAGGACGUACCCGGACCAGGCUACCGCACCGACCUCACAGCAGAGCCAAGAGGACACGCUCAUCGCCGCACCGUCAAUCCCAGGACUCACUCCAACAGCCUCCAGAGAGAGCGUGUGCAGCAUUCGCAGGGCGUCCUCCGUACAUGACAUAGAAGGAUUUGGGUCCAACUCAAAGAUGGCGUUCAGGGACAGACACGCCAGUGAAGACAAUGGUCGCAAUAUCAAAGUGUCUCGCUCCUGGAUGGCUGGGGGUCCGCUCAGUCAGAUCAAAUCCAGCCUGCUGGGCUCCACCUCCGACUCCAACCUCAACAGGUACAGCACCAUCAACAAGAUCCCCCUCAUCACGCUCAACUUCUCCGAGGUCAACAACGAGAAGAAGUGCCCCUCCCCUCCGUCCUCCGAGAAAACCAUCAUCGCACCCAAAGUCAAGGACCGCACGCACAACGUCACCGACAAGGUCACCCAGGUUCUUUCUCUGGGUGCAGAUGUGUUGCCCGAGUACAAACUCCAAACUCCACGUAUGGACAAGUGGACCAUCCUUCACUACAGCCCUUUCAAGGCCGUCUGGGACUGGCUGAUCCUGCUGCUGGUCAUCUACACGGCCAUUUUCACGCCUUACUCGGCUGCCUUCCUCCUCAACGACAUCGAGGAGCAGAGGAGGCGGGAGUGCGGCUACUCCUGCUCGCCGCUCAAUGUGGUGGACUUGAUCGUGGACAUCAUGUUUAUUGUGGACAUCCUUAUAAACUUUAGGACCACAUACGUCAACAUCAACGAGGAAGUGGUCAGCCACCCGGCCAAGAUCGCCAUCCACUACUUCAAAGGCUGGUUCCUCAUAGACAUGGUCGCUGCCAUCCCAUUUGACCUGCUCAUCUUCGGCUCAGGAUCAGAUGAAACCACCACUCUGAUUGGUCUUCUAAAGACGGCCCGCCUCCUACGGCUGGUGCGAGUUGCCCGUAAGCUGGACCGGUACUCGGAGUACGGCGCUGCUGUCCUCAUGCUGCUCAUGUGCAUCUUUGCCCUCAUCGCUCAUUGGUUGGCGUGCAUCUGGUACGCCAUUGGCAACGUGGAGAAGCCUUACCUCGAGCAUAAGAUCGGCUGGCUGGACAACCUGGGGGUCUCGAUAGGAAAAAAAUACAACUACAGUGACCCCAGCUCCGGCCCGUCAAUCAAAGAUAAGUACGUCACAGCGCUCUACUUCACCUUCAGCAGUCUGACCAGCGUGGGCUUUGGGAACGUCUCCCCCAACACCAACUCUGAGAAGAUUUUUUCCAUCUGCGUCAUGCUUAUUGGAUCUCUAAUGUACGCCAGCAUCUUUGGGAACGUGUCCGCCAUCAUCCAGCGGUUGUAUUCAGGUACGGCCAGGUAUCACCUCCAGAUGCUACGGGUCAAAGAGUUCAUCCGCUUCCACCAGAUCCCCAACCCGCUGAGGCAGAGGCUGGAGGAGUACUUCCAGCACGCGUGGACGUACACCAACGGCAUCGACAUGAACAUGGGUUUUCCCGAGUGCCUGCAGGCAGAUAUCUGCCUCCACCUCAACAAGAACCUCCUCCAGGGCUGUAAGGCGUUUCGCGGAGCCACCAAGGGCUGCCUCCGGGCCCUGGCUAUGAGGUUCAAAACCACACAUGCGCCCCCUGGAGACACCCUGGUCCACGGCGGAGACGUGCUCACAGCGCUCUACUUUGUCUCCCGUGGUUCCAUUGAGAUCCUCAAAGAUGAUGUCGUGGUGGCCAUCCUGGGCAAGAACGACAUUUUCGGCGAGAUGAUCCACCUCUUCUCCAAGCCAGGGAAAUCCUGUGCAGACGUGCGCGCUCUGAGCUACUGCGACCUUCACACCAUUACGAGGGAGGAGAUUCUGGAGGUGCUGGACAUGUACCCCGAGUUCGCCGACCACUUCCUCACAAACCUGGAGCUGACGUUUGAUCUCCGGGAUGAAAACCCCAAGGCGAACAAUCAAGAAACUGAUUCAAACAUGGACGACGUAGAGUGUCCAAGACGAGUGUCCUACAGAAGGAAAUCCUCCACAGGCGCCCACAACACGGAGCCAGCGGCCGCCUACUGCGACGCCAAGCAAGGGAGGCAGCUCUACGCCUCCACGGCCGCCGAGGACAGGAGAGAGUCCGCCGAGCAGGGAGAGGACGAGUACGAAGAGGAGGAGGAGGAAGGCAGGGAGGAGGAAGAGGAGCAGAGGCCCUUGUGUUCUGGUGUAGUGGGAUACCCGGUGGUGAGGGACCACACCCUGAGUCUCGGGCUUAGCAGCACUGCAGACGCACAGGCGGGAGACAACGCGCAGAACCAGGCGUAUAAACAGCUCCACACAGAGGAGUGGGUGCAGCAGCGUGCUGGAGAGGCCGUGGAGGAGUCGACCCAGUGUCAGGGGACGCCCGCUGGAGAGGAUGACAGUGACACAGACCUCACCUAUGGAGAGGUGGAGCAAAGGCUGGACCUGCUGCAGCAGCACCUUAACAGACUGGAGUCUCAGAUGACUUCUGACAUCCAGGCCAUCCUGCAGCUCCUCCAGAGGCAGACCACAGCCGGGCCCCCCGCCUACAGCACUGUCACCUCCAGCCCCGAGUACCAGAGGCCAGCCAUCAGGGUCCAGCCUGUGUCCGCCAUCCAGCCGGAGCUCAGCCUCGGCCCUGCUCCGCCUCGACCGCAGAGUCCAGUCCUGGAAAUGUCCCCGAACAAAUCCAAAGAAAACUCCCCGGUCCUCCUCAACACAGAGACUCUUCAUGACGGCAACUUUACUGGACUGCUGGACGGCGACAUAAACACAGAGCAGAGACACACGCAAAACGGAGUGGACUCUCUAGAGCAACAACACAACCAUCAACAACACGAGGCGCAGAGGUUUCCCUCGAGCCGCCAAGCGUCGCUACCUGACGUGCCCAGCAGCUCAGGAAUGUUGGGACUCCACAGGCCACUUUCUGACCCGGGGCUUCCAGGAAAGUAGUCUUUGUCUGACGCUCUUCUCUCACGCUCAGGGUCUAAGAAAGAGACUGAAUAUGCAAAGGAAAACAAACUGUAGACUUUCUUCCAUUCCUUUUGGGAAAAUGUCCCCUGCCCUUCCAGCUCUCUGAUUCUGAUGUAUAAAGUCUAUUUAUACAGAGGUAUUUAUACACGAUAUUAAUACCUACACCUACAUACUUCAAUAGAACACUGCCAGCAUCAUGAGGCACCUGAUGUGCUUUUUCUACAGCAGAUAUGCAUGUUUCUGUUCCUCAUGGUUCCUUUUCUGUUCUGUGGCAUGUUCCCUUACACACACUGCAUCUCAGCGGGGAAUCAGGUGUGUUCUCAGCAUGCUCACAGACCACUGUAGCUAUCAAGUCUUGUUUUCUAUGACUUCUCCCUCCUCACGGGGAAAACAGCUACUUGAAACUCUUUCAGAGGCAUUUCUAUAUUCUACCCUGCAGCUCCACACUCCCAUUAAGAUCCCUCUGUUUUUACUGUACACAGAAACAGCUCCAAAUUCAUUCUUAAACUCAAAAUCCAGAUCAGAAAAAAUAGAGCACAACAAGCGUUUAUCCCUCUUUGAGCAAUAAUAAUGAAAUCUUGUGUAUUUUUGGAGUUCAACAGCUCUGGAGAUCAUUUUAUACAACCUGAGUGAGGGGAAGAAAAAGUUUAUGUUGAUUUACUUGAGUGCUCAAUCUUCACACGCAGAGCGUUUCUAAACUUCAAAACUACUAAAUGAAUGCUUCAAGUUGUGGAUGUAGUAGAUUUGUAACGUAGAAUUCCCUUUUUCAAGUCACUGCAUCAUAUCAAGAGUACACUGGCAUGGGGCUAGCUUUUAUCUAAAGGAGGUUUGGGAGUUUGAAUGUUACCUACAUUUAAUAUUACUGUGACACAAUGAUGCAUAAAUGUCAUAUAUUGUUGCAAAGGAAACGUUGUGUUAGACACAAUAUAAGGAGUGGAAAAUAUCCAUUCUCAAGUUCCAGAAUUUGACUUUUCAAAAGAUUAUCAAGAGUCUAAAUUGGCCUUUUACAUUUCUUAAAAAUGAAGAACAUUUGUACCACCUACACACCAUGUACUGGUGAUCUUCACCUCCUAAACUUUCAGUGCAGCUCGUUUGUUUAGCCAUUUGUUUAGCUGCAGUCCCAAACCUCCUUUAAAAGUGUAUUGAAAGGUAAACGUCCAGAACAGGAAGGCUGCUCUUAAGGCUGUCAGGAUUUCUGACCAUCCCAGAAGAGUAUUUCAUCGUAUGCUUUAGGUCUUCCUUCAUCCUCUUGUAAAAAAAAGUAUUUAAAAAUUCCUGUUGAAAUCAAAAGUGUAACCAUGUUUUGGGCUCACAGCUCAGCCUCUGAUAGCCUUAGCUUUCUAAGCCUGCUCUAGCCUUUACGAAACACCAUCCACCCGACGCAGCAGAAACCCGCUUUUCCACCGUCACACAUGUAAAUGUACUUAACUGCAUGACCAGAAAUUAGUCAUUUUAGUUUUCUAGACACAUGAACUCGAGCUCACGUAUUGCAUGGAGACUGCACUCGACUAAAUGAUCAAAGGUCUCAGUCACCCAUCUGACACAUAUUUAAGGGACAGCACAGAACUCAUCCACAGAGAUUUAAAAAAUGACGCUUAAACCUAUUUUUCUAAAACUCAAGUAUUUAAUUCUUUGUUCUUUUUCUAUGUAACUUAUUUGUUUUGAGAACUCCCUGAUGUUGGACUACUGGUUGAUGAUGGGAAGAAGAUGAAUGCAAUGCAUAGCCUCUCAAUGUAGCAAGCAAGACAUCAGACAGGCCACACUUUAAGCUGUGUGCUGCAUUUACUGUAUGCUGUCCUAGUAGUCUUGAUUUCAAAUUGCACAUAACCAUUUUAACAUUGACAUUUCCCUCCCAACUCUGAGCUCAUGUCUUUCCAUCUCUUUGUAAAGGGAGCUUGAAUAUAUCAGUUAGACCAGAUGGGCAGUACAGAUGUUUCUCGCUCUCUUUUCUUUGGUAAGCUUCCUUUCUCGAGCACACGUGUAGAUCAAAAGUUGCUAACUCGAGUCGUCCACUCAACUUUCAUGGGGAUUUGCAAACUUUUGCACAGAGAUUAGAAGAAGAAAAAACUUGCUGUACUGGAUCUAAAUGUCACUUUUUAAAUCUAGUGCUGUUCACAAUUGUUUUUAUGCAUUUUUUAAAUGUUUGCCACUGUAUUUUAUACAAUGCAACACUUAACAGCUAAUUUGAAUGUGUCUGUUCUUAACUAUAUUUAAAGAAAUGAACUAUAUUGUGUAAAUAGACUUGGGGCGCAGUUGUAUGAAUAAAUAAACAAUGCAUACUGAUUAACAA